AUGUCCAUUUAUCCACCUACUCGUCAGCCUACAAAUGCUCUGAAUGGUAUCGGCGACAUGAGCGAUGGUGCAGGAACCAUCGAUCCUGCAGCUUUGAACGCUAGUGGUGGAUUGACACAGUCAUCGGCCGAAUCAGGCCCGCGCGGCAUCAAACGAAGCAGAUCUCCCGAACACUAUGGCGAGUAUCAUCCUGGCGAUGAUGAUGGCCCGCGCAAACGCGGUCGGCCGUCGAAAACACCCCGAACGUCUGGCGACUUUAGUGCCAGCGCCGAUGCUCUCCCAACACCCUCCAGCCAAACGUCACCAGAGCUGAACCAGACGCCCAGACAUCAAGGAGGGCCCCAAGCAGCAGCCUCCAGGCAGGUGCAAGCAUCACCGCCGCGUGCCCUCGCCAAAACGACCCUCAAAGCACUACCGACGGUGAGGGACCACACCAGCGAUGUGCUGCAGCCCGAAGGCGACGAGUAUAUACCACGCGAGUACGACGAGGCAGGCGAGAAAAAGAUCGACCAACUGGGCUACCUUCGAGGUGGACGGGAGUACAAGAUCAGGACAUUUACCCUCCCGGGAAGGGGCGAGAAGUUGUUCAUGUUGGCAACGGAAUGCGCGCGUCAACUGCAGUAUCGAGACUCGUAUCUUCUCUUCAACAAGAACCGGUCUUUGUUUAAGAUCAUUGCCAGCGUCAAGGAGAAGGAAGAGCUGGUCAACCGCGAGAUCCUCCCUUAUUCGUACCGGUCGCGUCAGAUCGCUGUAGUGACGGCGCGCUCGAUGUUUCGUCAGUUUGGCAGUCGCGUCAUCAAAGACGGCCGAAGAGUGCGAGACGAUUACUGGGAAGCCAAAGCGAUCAAGCAAGGAUUCACCGAACAAGAUCCUGCUGGCGAAAAGCGACCCGGGGCCCAAAGAGCCCGAGAAGCGGCGGCUCAAGACCAGUUGAAUGCCCGCGCCAACGUCGCCGCGGCCUACGGUGACAUUGUCUAUAGCAAUGGCCCGGGCUACGGCGCUGUGCAGCCGCCAGCCCUUCAUGCGGGGAUUGCAUCCACCAUGGGCCAAAUGGCCUCCUUCGACCCGGCCUAUGAGUCGAGGUACAAGGACAUUGUGCGACCGAGACACGACAUAACCGGCCCGCCAUAUCAGGAUCUCACUCGAGCGAGUUCCGACGUGGAAUUAGCCAGCCAAGCCAGUCACGCAGCCGAAUACAGCAAAACUAUCAACCAACAAAACCGAUACCGGCGAGGGCUUGUCGAAGACUACUGGCGCCGACCACAUGAGCCGCCUAUUUCAACACCUCCACCAGCGGAAGCUGAGGUCGCGACGACGGCCCAUCCGUUUACGUCCCCGAGGUUCAAUACGAGCGACGUCCCGUCGACUCAGCCCAAUUCCAUGUCGCAUCCUUCCCAGCCUCUGCCGUCAUCGAUGAAUCCUCCUUCCUUCCCCCAUCAACAGCCUCCCAUCCAGUCACCCGUCCGCCAACCCAAUCUGCAGCAACCCUUCUCGCGGGAAUCAUCCCAGUACACCCCUCAACACCCAGGUUAUCAAAGAUCGUCGUCCAGUCACUCCAUCUCGCAACCUGGCUCUCAACAACAGCCAUUGCCUUUUGGAGGUGGAGGCUUCCCUCACACUAUCAACCCACAACAACAGCCGCCACCGCCGCAAUCGCAGUCGCAGCAGCAACAGCAACAGCAGAGCUGGGGAGCCCCUCCACCGCAGCCUCACCAGUCACCGGCUGUUCAUCGCAUGACGACACCUCAAUUCUCGCCCAGCUUAGCACAAGGACAAAUUCCUUCGCCUUUACCGGGCGGCACACAUGCCAGUCCGUCCCCUCAUCCGCAACAAAUGCAGCCACCCCAGAUGCCAUUGCUCCACCAUCAAGGGAGUUCUGGUGGGAUCGGCGGCCAGCAGCUGUAUGGGCCUGGAGCAGGACUGCAGGCGAUCAACAAUUCUGCCGGAUAUGGCGCUCUCGGCAUUGGCCAGAGAGGCAUUUACCCCAUGGGCGGGCAAAACCAGUUUAUGCAGCCUAAUCCCCAACAUGGGCAAGGAUGGCCUGCUCCACAGAACCAGGGGCAGGGAGGUGGACAAUGGACCCAAGGGUUUCAGUAG